AAGGGAUUUCUCAGUUGUUGAAGCGCACUUUGUUUUAAAUCUUCAUAAACCUUCGCGAGUUUUAGGUCGAAUUAUUUUCAAGAAUUAGUUAGUUACUUUCAAUGUUAAAAGUUUUAAUUUCAUUAAGAAAAGUUUAAAGUGAUUCUUUUAAAGAAAAAAAAAAGUUUAAAGGUAAAGUUUCAAGCAUAUAAAACUAAGUGAAAAGAAAAUGUCGUAUUUUUGCUAAAGAAAGUUCGUGCUGUCUAACAAAGUUCAAAGGAAUCAAUGAAAAUCUUUUGUUUUGUUCAAUUAAAUAUUUAAAACUUUGCUGCAUUUGUAAAAUCAUCUUUUUUCAAUUUAAAUUUUUAUUUAGAAACAAUAAUGACGAUUCCAACACGUCCAGCACCCCCUCCACCUAAUCGUAAUGAAGCAAAUUCGAAUAAUCAUAUUAAUGCUUCAUCAAAUAGCAUGUCAGCACGGUCAUCUGCAGUAACGAAACAAAGUCUAAAUAGAAAACCUGCGCCACCUAGACCACCACCUCCAAAAAUGAUGGUUUCAGAUAAUUUAAAAAAAUCAGGAAGUCAGAAGUCGAUCAACAUUUUUUCAAAUCUUUUUGGAUCUUCUAAGAAUAGCAGUAAAAUUAGCGAAAAACAAACGAACUCAAGUUCUGAGGCAAUUUGUCCACCUAAAAUACCUGCACCUCCAUCUGCAAUUACUUCACGUCAUCAACAAAAACAAACAACCAGUGAUGUCCAACUGAUUAAUUUCGAUGAGUCAACAAUCGAAAGUCCACUAUCAAUUAAGAAAACAAACACUGGAAGUGACUCUGUUUCAAUGGAUAGUUUUUGUUCCUCCAAUUCAUCACCAAAUAACUUGUGCUUUGAAUCGGGUACCAUGUCACAAGCUGAAAGUGGGUUUGAAGAUGAUUUUAGUGUUUCUGACUUCAAGUCAACAUCUACUGAAAUAUCCCGUUCAACGACAUUCUCUAAUGAUCCAUUUGAAUGCAUUGAAGAACUUCCAACGUUAUCGAGAGCCACAAAUAUUCAUCAACAAAAUAUAAGAAACUUAAAACCAACAAUUCUUCCAAAACCGGUAGUAAGAGGAUCGUCAAACUUAAACGCAUCUACAAAUACAAUUGUGCCAUCAGAAUUUAAUGUUGACGAGAGUUUAAGUAAUGGAAAGAGUUUAAUCAAACCGUCAAGUGUAAAUGCACCGACAAUUAUAAAGCCACAAGGAAAAGGAAAAACUUCUCCAACAUUUGUUGAAGUUAUGAAGAAAAUGGCACCACUUAAAUUAACUCAUCAAAAAUCAGAUGAAAGUAAUGAUGAUGAUUUACCAUCACCACCUAUGCCAACAAUUCCUCCACCACCUCCACCAAUUUUAGGUGACGAUGAAGACGCAGAAACUUGUAGCUACGCUAUUGUUUUAUACGACUAUACAAGUGACGUUGUUGAAGACUUAAACUUAAAAACAAAUGAAAAAAUUUAUCUUUUAAAGAAAAUGAAUGAAGAAUGGUUAUAUGGACGGGAUAAACGAGGCUGUGAAGGGAUCUUUCCGCUUAGUUAUGUCGAUAUCCGUGUUCCUUUAAAAAAUGUUGAAACUGAUCCUGGAACAGCUUCACGUAGUGUUUCAGUAAGUCCAGCUGUUGAAAGUCAUCACAUACGUGCCUUAUACAAUUUCAACGCGGAGACUGAUGAAGAUUUAUCACUAAGGGAAAAUGAAAUUGUAAAUGUUCUGUUUGAGAUCAAUCAUGACUGGCUUUACGGAUCGAAUAUGCGUGGUGAUUAUGGGCAAUUCCCAGCAAACUUUAUCGAAUACGUCCCACGAAAUUUACCACAUAUGAUGAAAUAAGGACUCAUAAGUUAAAUUCAAAUGAAUGAAAAGAUUAAUAAUUUAAAGUUUAAGCAUUGAAAAGUAUCGAAAAGCUGUGCUAUUAUUUUAUUUAGUUAUUAAUGUUCUGUUUUCUACAAAAUAUUUCUUCUUUUUUCUCUUUGUUUCAUGUUGAUCUUAUAUUUUCUUUCGAUUAUCAAUGUUCAUCGUCGUGAUUAUUUAUUCUUUGACAUUUUCAGUUACUAGAAAAAAGAAAGUGUCAAAAGAAAUAUUUAAUACUUUGUAAAUAUCAUGAAUAAAUAUCAAAUGUGUAAAAAAAAUUAAAAAUAAGAAAAUAAAAUUAAAUAAAGGAGAAUAAAUAAAAUAUUUUCUUAUAUUCAAAUAUAAAAUAUUGAAACUUUCAUCUUCACUUUCAGGG